CCAUGAGCUGCUCGGACGUGGCCAUGCAGCAGCCCGGCGCGGCGGCGUGCGGGGCGCCCCGCUAUCUGGCCGCGCCCGCGCAGAAGAAGUUAGCUGUGUACAACAAGAUGCAGGAGUCUCUGGAAGUGAGCCUUCCCAGCAAGCAAGAGGAGGAUGAGAAAGACCAGCCUGCCGAGAUGGAGUACCUGAACUCUCGCUGUGUGCUGUUCACUUACUUCCAGGGGGACAUUGGUGCAGUGGUGGAUGAACACUUCUCCCGAGCUUUGAGCCAAGCCAGUAGCUUCAAUUCAGAGACUGCCCUUUCCAAGAGCAAGGCAGGGCUGAAUCCUCUGUGGAGAGAGAGCUCCACGAUUUCAAGCCAAAGGAGCGGAUUCCCCACCUCCUUCUGGACCAGCUCUUACCAGCCUCCUCCUCCCCCCUGCUUGAGCGGCGUGCACCCCGAUUUCCCCGUGACUGCACCAGGCACCUUCCCAGCAGCAGCAGCAGAGCCCGGCAGCUGGCCGGGACACGGCCUGCACCAGACUGCCCCAGCCCCUGCCCCGGCCGCCGCCGAGGCCUGGCCCUACCCCUUAGCGUCUCAGGUGAGCCCCUCGUACGCACACAUGCACGACGUGUAUGUGCACCGCCACCACCCUCACCAUGCCCACGUACACCACCAUCACCAUCCUCACCACCAUGCCCAGCACCGGGAGCCGCGCUACGGCUCGCUGCUGGUGCCCUCGGUGCGCGCCGCCGCCGCCGCCAGGAUCCCCGCGGCCCAGCCCGACGGCGCCAAGGCCGAGCCCGCCGCUGCCGGUGCUACCUCAGCCUGGGCCGGAGCCUUCCACGGAACCGUGGACAUCGUGCCCACCUUUGGGUUUGAUACAGGUCUACAGCAUCAGGACAAGAGCAAGGAAACUGCUUGGUUCUGAGGUGCAGAGAAAUUCAGACCAGCUAGAGCUGGAGUCAGCAGAGCUGGGUGGGUGAUACAGCAGUGGUUGACUCCUUCUGCGUGGAGCAAAGGACACACAUGAAGAUGAAGAGCCAACUGUUCUGGUUUUGCUAUUGAGCCUUUUAUUUGUAAGGCUGUUUAUGGGUCCCACAGAGUUGGAAGAAAACCAGAAACCUAACUUUUCUUUCUUUCCUCAUCUGAGCCUGCUGCAGCUGGGCAACCUAACUCCUUUCUGCUCCUUUAACAGUGUUUUGUUUUGUUCAGCUUGAUAUUUUUAUGAACAGUCUCAAUAGUCAGGAAAAAAGACUCUCCCUUGACUACAGUGCGCCUUCUUUCAGGAAUACAGUAUUUUGUAGCUCUUUGUGCAUCUAUUUUUGUAGAAAUACAGAAAGUUUGGGUAAGGAUCGAUGGGCUAUUUUAGGAUGACAUAUUUUUUUAAAAAAAAUUGUAAAAUUGUUAAGUUCUGUUUAAAGAACUUGCUCUCAGAGAAGCACUGGCAAAAAUGUAUAAAAUGCUAUUUUUAGAUGUCUGUGAUGUGUUUGUGCAUUUUGGUUUUUUUUUUUUUUUGUUUGUUACCUCAAAUGUCUAUCUUUCUUUUCUUUUUAAAGAGCUAAACUCCUUUGUUUCCACAUUACUAGAUUCUGAUGCUUUUGUCCUUUUUGUUCUAGCUUAAGCAAGUAUAAUUCUCACCUGAAGUUUCAGCCAAAUAUUUUUUUCCUGGUGUUAGAUUGUAGUAAAAGUGGUUCUGUUUUUCUUGCUUCUGCAGGUGGCUUUGUGCUGUGCUGACUGUCAGAAGCUUGCAAACACCUUUAGCAUAGAGCAAAGCUUGAGGUUACAGCAACUGCAUUUCCCACCCAUCCAUUCUUUCAAAAUGGACCAAAUACUCUUAAAUCAGACACGAAUAUGGGCCUCAUCUAUGAUCCACUGAAGCUGUUGAACACAGUUCUCUGUGGGUUAUGGGGCUCAUAAAUAUCAGUGAAAUCUUACAGGCAGGACUUUCAGCUAAGCCAUUUCAAGGUGGUCACUUACAACAUCAAUAUUCAGGGAAAAUGAACAACAAAAAAAAAUAAAUCCAGGUUUAUAAA